UUCCUUUUCCAUAAUUUUUUGUGCUGUGUACACGUGUUUCCACAAUGGCACCCGUCGAGAAAGCUAAAAAGUUGGCCAAAUCGGCCAAAAAGGGCAAGAAGCACCCGGUCAACUCCUACCUGAAGGGCGGCAUCCUGCGUUACUCCAAGGCGCAGAUGUACAAGCGUCGUGCCCUGUACCGCCUGAAGGACAAGAAGAGCCCCGUGGUGGAGAAGGUCAAGGUGCCCAUCAAGAAGGUGAAGAAGAUCGGCGGCCCCAAGAACGGCGGUGAGCGUACCGUUUUCCUGAACAAGUCCAAGGCCACCUACCCCACCAAGACCUUCGUGAAGAAGCGCCCCUCCAAGGCCAACUUCAGCGAGCACAAGCGCAACACGCGCCGCAACCUGAAGCCCGGCACCGUCUUAAUCCUGCUGGCUGGUCGCCACCAGGGCAAGCGUGUCGUUCUGCUGAAGGUGCUCGCUUCGGGACUGCUGCUGGUCACCGGACCCUUCGCCCUCAACUCGUGCCUGCGUCGCGUCUCCCAGCGCUACGUCAUCGGCACCUCGUCGAAGGUGGAUCUCGGCGCCUUCAAGGUGCCCGAGCAUCUGAACGACGCCUAUUUCCGUCGCCUUAAGGCCAAGAAGGACAAGAAGAGCGGCGAGGCCGAUAUCUUUGCGGCCAAGAAGGAGCGCUUCGUGCCCAACGAGCAGCGCAAGAAGGACCAGAAAGAGGUGGACGCCGCCCUGCUGAAGGUGAUCAAGGCCCAUCCCGAGGGCAAGUUCUUUGCCAAGUACUUGCAGAACAUGUUCGCCCUGCACUCCUCCCAAUACCCACACCGCAUGCGCUUCUAAACGUUGCUGUCUGGGUGGUGAAAACAACUUCAGUUUAAGGAUUUCUAAACACUUUGUACAAGCAGAAGCGAGCCCAUUCAACGCUGCUGGUUAGACAGAAACAGAAUUUGUAAAAUAAAUCUUACAAAACGGAA